CAUCCGUCUCGUUAUCCAUGGCUCUGGCAUACAAUUACUCCAAUCUUUUUCUCUGCAAACAAUCAAAUUUUGUUGUAACUUCAAAUAAAAUCCAGACGAAGAAGCGAUGCUUGAGAUGUAACACUCUGUAUCUUGACAAAGAUAAUUCCCCACUUGCUUGCUCCUUCCACGGCCACACUACCGGGGAGAAAGGGUUGUUUUCAUAUGCUCCGCCGCACCAAGGGAUUGAUGGAGAGUGGAGUGACGGUUCUGGAGUGAUCGUGUACAAGUGGAAUGAGAAGGGAAAUAGGCCAAAUACCGGAAGAGUCAACUGGAAGAAAAGAUGGAGCUGUUGUGCUGAGUAUGACGAAAAUGCUCCACCGUGUCGAAAAGGGUGGCAUGUUUCUUAUGAUGAUGGCUUCACGUUGUAUUGAUCAAAGACCGUAAAUUUAGCAUUUAGUUUGGAAUUAACAGCAAUAUAAUUACAUGUUCUGUUUUGUGUUUACGAGUUCCGAGAGAUUUGAUCCAGAUCAUCCGGUGUUUUUUAUCACUCAUUUCAAUGAACUUGAUUGUAAGCUGUUAUGCAUUUUUUAGGAAUUGUUCCUUUCUUCAACGGUAGAUCAUCUCAAUGACAGUGGCAGAGCUUCUGAAAUGAAGAUUUGGAUGAGUUAACUGUAACUAAAACGGUUAGAAUUUCAGAAUCUAGCUUGCUCGUUGAUCAUCUCAUUGAUUCAGAUAUUACAUGUUGUCUCCUUAAAUGCAAAUUCUCAAUAACAUGAAUGAUUUU